AUGGCAUCCUUCAAAUCCGUUCGUGAUUUGCUGCUUAUUGGUUUUGACGAAGGUUUAUUGGACGAAGAAGAGUUUUUGCUGUUGUACCAACAAUAUACUUCUCUGAAUGCUGAGUAUCCGUACACAAGCUAUCCAGCCUUUGACCUAGAGUUAAAGGACGAAGUUGAAUGCAAAACUGAAUUUAGAGUGGAAAAGAAUGAUAUACCAGGACUUGCGGAUACGCUAAGGAUUCCAGAAAUUGUAAAAUGUUACCAAGGGACUAUUUGUGGACGAGAAGAAGCCUUGUGCAUUCUGCUCAAGAGGUUUGCCUAUCCUUGCAGGUAUUCUGACCUGAUUCCUACCUUUGGUAGACCAGUUCCUGAAUUAGCUAUGAUUAAUAAUAAAAUGAUCAGUUUAAUUUUUGAUAUCCAUGGCCAUCGUCUGACAGAGUGGAAUCAUCAGAUUUUACACCCAGAAGCUCUUGAGACAUAUGCUACAGCCGUAUCGAACAAAGGAGCAGCCCUUACCAACUGCUUUGGUUUCGUAGAUGGGACGGUCAGACAAAUUUGUAGACCUGGAAAAAACCAAAGAGUCGUAUAUAAUGGUCAUAAACGAGUCCACGCCCUAAAGUUCCAAUCUGUGGCCUUGCCCAAUGGAAUUAUUGCUAAUUUAUAUGGACCAGUUGGUAAGUUUCUAGUAAACCAAGGCAUAAAAUUUAAUUUUUUUCCAGCAGGUACUAUGUCAGUGUCUAUAUUAAAGCUGGUACUUGACAAUUUUAUCAAAGUAUUUGAAACAGGGCCGUUGUAAACUAACGAUAAUCUGUGAAGUUUGAGAGGGAAAUAAUGACCUAAUAAUCAACCCUAACUAAUCAGCCCCCCCCCCCCGCAAUACAAAGUUGCUUCCUACGGUAGUGAUUUAUAUAUCAAAUGGUGUCCCUAUCACCUGUAAAUAACAUUUACAUAAUGUAACAUUUGUGCAAUAUUCUCAAUAGAGGGGAAGAUGCAUGAUGCACGGAUGCUUGGCGAGUCUGGCCUGUACAACAACAUGAGGCAAUUUGCAUUCUCCAGACAAGGCGAACCAAUGUGCAUUUAUGGUGACCCGGCCUACCCACUUCGGAUGCACCUUCAAGCACCCUUUCGUCGAGAAGGCAUUACCGAGGAAAUGCAAGAUUUCAACCGUUCCAUGAGUCAAGUACGGGUGUCAGUGGAAUGGCUAUUCGGUGAUAUUGUAAAUUAUUUCAAAUUUUUAGACUUUAAAAAGAAUUUGAAAAUUAGACUCAGCCAAGUCGGCAAAAUGUAUAUAGUUGGGGCUCUGUUAAGGAAUGCCUUAACAUGUCUAUACAAAAACACUACAUCCAUGUAUUUUGAAUUAGACCCACCUGCUCUAAAUGAGUAUUUUGCAUGA